AUGGCGGGACAGGACGGUCGUGGCACCAUUGCGUCCGUUCGCGCGGAGGCGCUAAACGCAGAUGGUGCGGAACUUGAAGUUCCAUAUCCACUGCAUUUAGCACAUCCGAUUCAUAACUUGCCGUUUUCGCAGGUAGCUUUCGGUAUGUUGGGCGAUACCGUGUACGGAGUACUGCACACGUACAUGGCUGAUGACUUUCGAUGUACCCAACGAACUCUAACUGAACAAGCAAAGACCUUCAACUUCGUCCGAAGAUUAUAUGUACCCUAUCAGCUGAAAAUACAUCAUGGUUGUUGA